AUGGAGGUCGCUCGUACCUCCUUGGUCCACGCGGCGGCUCCCCAUUUUCUAUGGCCGUUUGCUGUCCGGUACGCCGCGCAUCAGCUCAACCUCUGGCCCCGUGUCUCCUUGCCGGAGACCUCGCCCACCCUGCGUUGGACGGGGGAGGUUGGCGAUGCGUCGCGCUUCCGGGUGUGGGGUGCUCGUGCCCUUGUCCGCGAUACGUCCGCGGACAAGCUCUCCUCCCGCACGCUUCCCUGUGUCUUCCUUGGCUUUGUCCCUGACGCGCCUGGCUGGCAGUUUUACCACCCCACCUCGCGCCGGGUCUUCGCCUCUCAGGACGUCACCUUUGACGAGUCGGUCCCUUUUUACCAUCUCUUCCCCUACCGUACUGCCCCCCUCCCUCCCCCGCCGCUUUUCCUUGCUCCUGGUCCCCCUCCGGUAGACCCCCUCCCCCCUCAGGGUCCUGCUCCUUCAGGUGUCUCUCAGGUAGACCCUCCUCCCGUCGCUGAGCCUGUCGAGGUCACAGGUGACUCAGGUGCUGCUGCAGGUGGUGCUACUUGGGGUGCUGAGCCUGAGGGUGCUGGGCCUGGGGGUGCUGGGACUACGGGUGCUGGAGCUGAGGGUACUGUGCCUGAGAGUUCGGCGCCUGGGGGUGCUGAGCCUGGGGGUGCUGCGACUGGGGGUGCUGAGCCGGCGUGUGCGGAGUCUGGGGGUGCUGAGUCUGGGGGUGCUGCGCCUGCGGGUACUGAGCCUGGGGGUGCUGCUACUGAGCCUACGGAGCCUCGGGUUGCUGCGUCUGGGGGUGCUCCGGUUCGGGGUGCUGAGCAGUCUCUCACACCACAGCAGCUUCGUGACUGGUACGUCCGGCGCUUUCGCCGUCCUAGUGGCUCGGCUGGAGCUGGGGGUGCUGGAGCUGCCGGGACUGGUUGCUAG